AUGGCUUCCUGGCAGCCGCUGGUUUGGUUUUGUAAACCAGUGGCCAAUGGAUUAUGGGCAAAAGAACUGGACACUGCCUUUGGAGCUUACACCCCUUGUGCGAUUGAUUCUCUAGUGAUUUGUACAUCAUAUUUGACACUGUUCGGUCUAUGCAUCUACCGAAUGUGGUUGAUUAAGGAUACGAAAAUUCAGAAGUACUGUCUAAAGACAAAGUACUACAACUACAUACUGGGGUGGUUUGCUGCUUAUUGUACAGCUGAACCUAUAUUCAGGCUGGUGAUGGAUAUUUCAACCUUUAAAAUGGAGGGAGAGACUGGUCUGGCUCCCUUUGAGAUGUUUUCUUUGGUCACUGAGGCCCUCUCCUGGUGCUCCAUGCUUUUUAUGAUCAGCUUGGAAAUUAAAAUAUAUAUCUUUGAAUUCCGAUGGUACGUGAGAUUUGGAGCCAUUUAUGUGUUGACAGCGGAAUGUGUAGUGCUCAAUCUCAUUCUGGCAGCGAGUGAUUACAUCACCAGAUUGGCCUUCUACAUGUAUGUGGGCACAUUUAUCUGCAAGGUUUUAUUUGGAAUUCUUCUUUUCAUUCAUGUGCCCACAAUGGAUCCAUAUCCUGCUUAUGUAAUGUUGGAACCCGAGCCCCAUGACAAUGUUGGGUAUGAGGCCCUCCUUGGGGAAGAGAAAAUAUGUCCUGAGAGGCACGUGAAUAUCUUUUCCUGGAUGUAUUUUGGAUGGAUGACCCCACUUAUGCGGCAAGGCUUCAAGAAACCCAUCAAUGAAAAGGAUGUCUGGAAGUUAGAUGCAUGGGAUCAGACUGAAACGCUGAUUAUUAAGUUCCUGAAGUGCUGGGGUGAAGAAUCUAAAAAGCAGAACCCAUGGUUGUUAAGAGCUCUAAAUAAUAGCCUUGGUGGAAGGUUUUGGCUGGCGGGACUCUUUAAGAUCGGCAAUGAUCUUUCUCAAUUUGUGGGUCCUGUUAUCAUGAACCAUCUUUUACAGUCAAUGCAACGUGGGGAUCCUGCUUGGAUUGGUUAUGCAUAUGCUUUCUCGAUUUUUGUUGGUGUGUCGUUCGGGGUGCUCUUUGAAUCCCAAUACUUUCAGAAUGUGAUGCGCGUUGGUUUUCGCCUGAGAUCAACAUUGGUGGCUGCCAUAUUCCGUAAAUCCUUGAGACUAACUCACGAGGCCCGCAAGAACUUUCCGAGCGGGAAGAUCACAAAUAUGAUCACUACAGAUGCCAAUGCAAUCCAGCUAAUAUGCCAACAACUUCAUAAUCUGUGGUCGGCGCCAUUCACAAUCACCUUGUCUAUGGUCCUUCUCUACCAGCAAUUGGGUGUUGCUUCUCUCCUUGGAUCGUUACUCCUCGUUCUCAUGAUUCCUGUACAGACAGUUGUGAUCAGCAAAAUGAGAAAACUAACCAAGGAAGGGUUGCAAAGGACAGAUAGGAGAGUCAGCCUCAUGAAUGAAAUCCUUGCAGCAAUGGAGACUGUGAAAUGUUAUGCUUGGGAGAGAAGCUUUCAGAAUAGAGUUCAAGGCGUACGGAAUGAUGAGCUGUUAUGGUUUCGUGGCGCCCAGUUGCUUGCUGCUUUCAAUACUUUUCUGCUCAACAGCAUACCAGUUGUUGUGACAUUGGUUUCAUUUGGAACUUUCACUUUGCUCGGUGGAGAUUUGACACCUGCGAGGGCAUUUACAUCACUCUCUCUGUUUCAAUUGCUACGGUCUCCUUUGAACAUGCUUCCUAACUUAUUAAGCCAGGCUGUAACUGCAAAUGUUUCCAUCCAACGUCUGGAGGAACUAUUUAUGGCUGAGGAGAGAACUCUGGCGUUGAAUCCACCACUUGAACCAGGACUUCCAGCCAUCUCUAUCAGAGAUGGAUACUUUUCGUGGGAGUCAAAGGCAGUGAAGCCUACAUUGUCGAAUAUCAAUCUAGAUGUAUCAGCUGGAAGCUUAGUAGCGAUUGUUGGUGGGACUGGAGAAGGAAAGACUUCACUUGUCUCAGCAAUGAUUGGAGAACUGCCUGCUGUAGCAGAUACUAGUGUUGCAAUUAGAGGAACUGUUGCUUAUGUCCCUCAAGUUUCUUGGAUUUUCAAUGCUACUUUGCGUGACAACAUAUUGUUCGGAUCUGCAUAUGAACCUGAACGAUACUGGAGAACAAUUGAUGUGACUGCAUUACACCAUGAUCUCGACAUACUUCCUGGCCACGAUCUCACAGAGAUAGGAGAAAGAGGAGUGAAUAUCAGUGGUGGUCAAAAGCAAAGGGUAUCAAUGGCAAGAGCCAUCUACUCCAAUUCAGAUGUAUACAUAUUUGAUGACCCUUUGAGUGCCCUAGAUGCUCAUGUUGGUCACCAGGUAUUCAACAGAUGCAUCAAGGAAGAGUUGCAAGGCAAAACUAGGGUUCUCGUGACGAACCAGCUACAUUUCCUUCCUCAAGUGGAUAAGAUCAUUGUUGUAAGCGAAGGAACUGUGAAGGAGGAAGGGACCUUUGAGGAGCUCUCUAGAAGUGGCACGUUAUUCCAAAAGCUGUUGGAAAAUGCUGGGAAGACGGAAGGAAUGCAAGAAAAGGAGGUGGAGGAAGAAGAAUGGGAUAGCUCCAAUGCUGAGCAUGGAAGGUCGAAACCCACGACCAAUGGAGUGCACGAGUUGACACAAAAUACAGCAGGCCAUAAAAAUAAGAGAAAGAAAAGAGGGGAGUCCAUGCUCAUCAAGCAAGAGGAAAGGGAGACAGGCAUUCUCAGUUGGAAAGUCUUGAACAGGUACAUAAAUGCAUUAGGAGGCACACUGGUGAUCGUGGUACUGUUCACUUGCUACACAUUGACUGAAGUUCUUCGGAUUUCAAGCAGUCAAUGGUUAAGCAUUUGGACGAAUCACAGCAGUUCUGGAAGUUAUAAUCUCCCAUUCUUCCUCUCCAUUUAUGCGCUCCUGUCACUGGGUCAGGUAAGUGUUACACUGGGAAACUCUUAUUGGGUGAUCACUUCAAACCUACAUGCAGCAAAAAGACUCCAUGAUUCCAUGCUAGAUAGCCUCUUACGAGCUCCAAUGCUGUUCUUCCACACCAAUCCACUAGGAAGAGUGAUUAACAGGUUUGCAAAGGAUCUUGGGGAAAUCGAUCGCUUUGUUGCCGGUGUUGCCAACAUGUUUCUGAAACAAGUCUGGCAGCUCCUUUCCACAUUUGCCUUAAUAGGCAUCCUGAGCACUCUCUCGUUGUGGGCCAUAAUGCCGCUACUUAUCUUGUUUUGUUUAGCCUGUCUAUACUACCAGACCACAUCCCGUGAAGUGAAACGCCUGGAUUCCAUCACCAGAUCGCCAGUAUAUGCACAAUUCGGAGAAGCAUUAAAUGGGCUGUCCAGCAUUCGUGCGUACAAGGCCUACGACCGGAUCGUGGCCAUCAACGACAAAAUGAUGGACAACAAUAUCAGAUUCACCCUCGUAAGCAUCAGCUCUAAUGGCUGGCUCGCCAUAAGACUGGAAAUACUUGGGGGAGUCAUGGUCUGGUUGAUAGCCACAUUCGCAGUCUUGGGUAAUCAAAAAGCUGAGAACAGGGUAGCAUUCGCUUCUACCAUGGGUCUAUUGCUGACCUACACCCUGAACAUCAGCAGUGUGUUGAGCGGAGUUCUGAGACAGGCGAGUAGAGCUGAGAGUAGCUUCAAUGCUGUCGAGCGCGUUGGCGUGUACAUGGAGUUGCCUUCAGAGGCUCCGGCAGUUAUCGAAAGCAAUCGUCCGCCUCCUGGCUGGCCUUCUUCAGGUUCAGUCGAGUUCUUGGAUGUUGUCCUGCGUUACAGACCAGAACUUCCGCCGGUGUUGCAUGGAUUGUCGUUCGUGGUUGCUCCGAAUGAGAAGCUGGGCGUGGUUGGAAGAACUGGAGCAGGGAAAUCCAGUAUGCUGAAUGCUUUGUUCAGAAUUGUGGAGGUUGAGAGGGGACAGAUCAUGAUUGAUGGGUGUGAUGUUGGGAAAAUUGGACUCAUGAAUCUAAGGGAAGUUCUUACUAUCAUACCACAAGCACCUGUCCUUUUUUCUGGAACUGUGAGGCUCAAUCUGGAUCCAUUUAGUGAACAUAAUGAUGCUGACCUCUGGGAGGCACUGGGAAGGGCACAUCUAAGGAAUGUCAUAAGGCGCAAUCCUCUUGGUCUGGAUGCUGAGGUUCUGGAGGGAGGGGAGAACUUCAGUGUUGGACAGAGACAACUAUUGAGUCUUGCUCGAGCAUUGCUGCGAAGGUCUAAGAUACUUGUACUUGAUGAAGCAACAGCUGCUGUUGAUGUGAGAACUGAUGCUCUCAUACAGAAAACAAUCAGAGAAGAGUUCAAGUCUCGCACAAUGCUUGUGAUUGCUCACAGACUUAAUACGAUAAUAGAUUGUGACCGCAUUCUCGUGCUUGAUGAUGGUCGGGUAAAAGAGCAUGCUAGUCCGCAGGAGCUGCUGUCAAAUGAAGAAAGUGCAUUCUAUAAUAUGGUCCAGAGUACUGGAUCAGCAAAUGCUCAAUACUUGCUCAACUUGGUGUUUGACGGACCAAAAAGAGCAAGGAGAGCGGCAGAUGCUGUCUUAACCCUUCAGGGAGUUCUGCAGCCUUCAUGGUAUAGCGGUGAUGAGCAGGCUGGGUAA